AAGGGAUAUAACUCUGUUGCUGCCAGGGACGCAAAUUUUUUGAUUGAGAAUGUCAUUUCCCGAUAUUCAUAAAUGCAUGAAGUUAUCAUCAGAAAAUAUAGACUUGAAAAGAAAGUAUUUAAAGGUUAAAGAGCAAAGAGAUACAUACCAUAGAGAGCUACAAGUCUUUAAACAGAAAGAGAACAUUGACAACCUCCUAAAGAGCUAUGUCACCACCAGAGACACAAGUUGUCAGACAGAACCUGGAAGAUCUUGGCAGCCUAUAUGUUUUCAGAAAAGGAAAAGUGAAGAAGCUAAGGAAAAUGAUGUUGAUAAAACAAACAAAUUGUUGUCUAUGCAUAAUCAGAUGAUGAGAAGAUACGAGAAAGAAGUCAAACUAAAUAUGUCACACAUGGAAACUAUUACAGAUCUAAAUAUACAAAUAAGUGAAUUAGAGAGAAAGCUAAUUGAUGAGGGCGAGAAACAUAAAAAGACGCAGAAAGAACUUCUAGAUCUACAUGUUGGUAAACAUAAGAAAAUUGCACAGAAGAAAGAAGAUACAGAUGAUAAAUAUUCACAUAUUAAGAAUGAAUGUGUAAAGGUAAAAAAGGAAAAUGAAAAGCUGAAGAAAGAGUUGAAAGGUUUAGAUUUGGGGUUCUUUGAAGAAAUUGAAGAUAUUAAAUUUGCUUUACAACAGUCAGCAAAAUUAAACAAAGAAUAUGAACAGACGUUAAGAAAAAUGUGCGUGAAGUUUGGAAUUCCUUACCCUCACCCAGAGAAGAACAUUUUAAGUGACAGAUCAAAAUGGAAAUGAACAUUUGGUAGCUGAUAAAUUGGAUGGCAUUUUUAACUGUGAUAUAUAUUUAUAUUUUGCUAGAUUAUAAAGUGAUUUUAUUUACAGUGAUAAGUUUGUAAAGAGGGUGUGAAGUUGUAUUGUGCCAAGGUGUUUAUGCUCUAGUGCAAAGUAUCAUGCAUUUAUUUAAGUAGACUAAUAUGAUAAGUGUUCACUAAUAUAAGUAGAUUUUAUUGCAACAGAGACUGUGUGCAGAAGAAGAC